GUGAGGGAGGUUCGCUUUCUCCAGUCGAUUUUCAUGAAAAUUCAUGAGAAAUUGACGAGUGAUGGUGGUUUUAGUGAUUUAACUGUACUCUUUGUGAGCUCAAUUACUCACUUUUGCAAAAAGUAGUGGUGAAAUCCCGCCACGAUGGCCUCAAUGCAGAGGGCUUUCGCCCAGAAACUCUCCAAAUAUCACGCCUCCGAUGUGCGAAAGAAUGUCGCCACUCACCAGAUAUCCAAUAAGAGUGAUACCAGCUCGGUGUGUUCGUCAUCGAUAAAUAUCUCAAUAAAUGAUCUGGUGGAGCCCAUUGACUACGAGGACUUCCUCAUGCAGCACCACAGUCUGUUGUGCAGAGAUCCUCUGCGUGGGAUUUUGGAUUUCCCGCCGCAGGAUCUCAAGAUCAAGAUCAUCGAGCGGAAGCUCAGGACACUGGAGCAUGUUGUGCCCAAAGAGCCGAUUGAGACGCUUCCGCUGUAUGUGCAGCAGUGCGUGGACAGCUUCACGAGGCCUUGGAAGGUGGUGGAAUUCGCCCAUCGACACUUUUCCAGCUCGUGCUGCGUGCGUGAGCGUCUGGACAAGGGCGCUCUGAGUCCCAUGUCGCAGCAGGAGUUCGAAAUAGACAAGGACUUUGUCUCAUUUGACGACACACUGACGUACAGGAGCGAUAGUUGCACGCCAAGCAGUCGCCAGUCCAUCGCCAGUCUCUCUUCUGUGUCCACCUGCACGGACACACUCACGCCGAGAAGCUCCUGGGCGAGCUUCGAUCUCAGGAGUUCGGUGAAUGAUCCUCUGAUUCCUGGUCUUCUGGACAGAAUAGCGCCUGAGACGAUUGAUCAGGCGAAUGAGAAUCGACGCAGCGACGAGCGUCACGAUGCACUCUUCAGUCUCUAUCCGGAUUCUGACAAUGAGGACUCUGUGGAGCGUCGCUUGUCGGCAGAGAUUCCCAUUGAGCAUCUGGGAAAUCGAUUCAUUGUGAAGUGUCUUCAGUUGAAAUUGGAAUUGGAAGUGGAGCCGAUUUUUGCCUCAAUGGCAAUCUAUGAUGCCAAGGAGAAGAAAAAGCUGUCGGAGAAUUUCUACUUCGACAUGAAUUCCGAAUCACUGAAGCGCAUGCUGGCCUCUCAUGUGCCCUACAGUGAUAUCAGCUCACAGAGCAGAACUGCAGUGUUUGAAGUGACAAAUCCCAGCAGUGAUCUCUUCCUGGUCAUUCGCCUCGAGAAGGUUCUGCAGGGUGACAUUAAGGAUUCGGUGGAGCCUUAUCUGAAGGAGGACAAGGAUAAGUAUCGUGACAAGGCCAAGUCAAAUGCGGCUGAUUUCUGUGAGAGACUCGGAAAGUAUCGAAUGCCAUUCGCCUGGACGGGAAUCUACUUGACCAACAUAUUCAACGGUGAGAAUGUGGAAAAGGAUGAGAGAGAUGGCAUGACAACGGCUUCGAGUUCCAAUAGUUUGGACAGGAAGUCCUCGACGAGUAGCUUUGAUCAGCUGCGCAAGCGGGCGAGUGACAUGGGAACGCUGACAAGGCGUGGAUCGCUGGAGAGGCGCCAGGAGAAGAGGAGAUCUUGGUCACCAGAUGACUUUGCCAACAGUAUUGAGACUUUCCGUCCCAUCGCCAUCACCGUGUCGAGUUUCUUCAAACAAGAGAGUGACAAGAUGAAGGAUGAGGAUCUCUUCAAGUUUCUCCCUGAACUCAAGCGACCAGGAGCUGUGACGAAGAAGUAUAAGUGCAUUCCGGGAUCAAUAAAACUCGAAAUUUCUCCCUGUCCGGAGGAGGUGAAGUGCGCUCUUACGCCAGAAUUGGCCAAAUUGGAUCCCUAUCCGGACGAGAAGACGCGUCCGAUAAAGGAAAUUCUGGAAUAUCCUGCACUUCCCAUUAUGCAACCGCAUUACUUCUACCGGAAUCUCUUGUUCAUCAACUGCAAAGAGUUGAACUUUGCCGCUCGCGCCGGAUCUGCUCGCAAUAUCGCCGUGAGGGUUCAAUUGAUGGCUGGUGAGAAGCAAUCGGAUGCCUUGAUGGCUAUUUUUGCGAAGAGUUCAUGUCCAGAAUACACUUCAGAGGCUUACACAGCUGUGAAUUAUCACAAUAAGUGUCCAUCGUUCUAUGAUGAGAUCAAAAUAACACUGCCGGCGAAUGUGAAGCAGAAUCAUCAUCUUCUCUUCACUGUCUAUCACGUCUCGUGCCAGAAGAAGCCACAAGAAGUGCAGACGACUGUGGAAUCGCCCAUUGGCUACACUUGGAUCCCCAUUCUGCAGGAUGGGAAGCUGAGCGUUGGCGAAUUCAAUCUGCCCGUGAUGGUGGAGGAACCGCCAGAGAACUAUUCCUUCAUUCCUCCUGAUGUUCAGCUGCCGGGCACCAAAUGGCUGGAUAAUCAUCGUCCAGUCUUCUCACUCACAAUCGACGCUGUGACUUCGGUUCACACAUUGAAUCCUUUCCUGGAUAAAUUCAUCACACUGUGCGAAUAUUUGGAGACGAGAAAAGUCCCUCCGCGAAUUGGUGAGGGAAAUAUGGAGAAGGAGAUGAAGAAGGCUCUUCUGGAUAUUCAACAGUCUGACAUUGAGCCACUGGUGAAGCAUUUGCCAGUGAUAAUGGACAAAUUGUUGGAACUUCUCGUGACCACGUACAAAGUGAGUGGACAAGUGCUCUCUCUGGCGCCAACUGUCUUCGAGACGCUGAUCUCGAUAUCGCAGAAACUCACGGUGCUGCAGGAUGAAGUGUCACUUGACAACUACGGAAGACAUCCACUGUUAAGCACUUAUAUUCAGUAUCAGGCAUUCAUUCCGCAUCCCAUGAAUGCCAAGAUGCGCAUGACAUCGAGCAGGAGUGGUGAGGGAUUCAAUAAGAGCAGCAGCAUUCCCGAUUUGCACGUGCCCAGUGAGCUGUCCAGUCGCAGUCUCGACAGAUCGCUCUUGACCAAGACGGAGUCCAAGGACAUCUCGCCGUCAGACGUGACUGGACGCGAUGGACAGGUGAGAAUCCUGCACGAAGAGUUGGCCUUCCGCUGGGUGGUGUCCAGCGGCAGUGCCUCCGAUCUGGCCAUGAAUAACUCCUGGAUGCUCUUCGAGUUGAUGAUAAAGUGCAUGAUUGAGCAUCUAGACACGAUGAAUCUCCUGGAUUCGCCGCGAAAGAGUCGCUUUCCGCAUCAAUACACCGACGAUCUCUCGACUCUUGUGCACUUGGUCACGACCAAAGUCAUCGGCUUUCACUGCAGUGAAUCCAAAUUUGCACAGGCACUCAACUCGAGUCUGGCUUUCUUCAUCUUCGAUCUGCUGAACAUCAUGGACAGAGGCUUUGUGUUUGGCCUGAUCAAGACUUACUACAAAGUCAUGACGUCCAAACUCACUUCAACACCGGAUUUGAUUCACUACAAGUUGGAUUUCCUGCGCAUUGUCUGCAGUCAUGAACAUUUUGUGGCUCUGAAUUUGCCUUUUGCCACUCCUUACACAACACUGUCGGCGCCUUGCAGUCCAACGCCCAGCAUAACGUCCAACAACAGUCAGAAUUCCUACGUGAGCGCAGUUCAUGGCCUGGACAAGACUCUCUAUGCUGAAUUGAGUCAUGAUUUCAGACAGCAACACUUCUUGAUUGGUCUCGUGUUGACCGAAUUGGCGGCUGUGCUGGAGAUUUCCAAUCCUUCUCUCCACGGAAAAGCCAUCAGAUGCAUCAGGAAUUUGAUGACAUGUCAUGAUCUGGACAGCAGAUAUGCUGAGCCAAAUGCCAAAGCUCGCGUGGCAGCUCUCUAUCUUCCUCUGCUGGGCAUUGUCAUGGACACAAUUCCCCAGUUGCAUCAGUAUUUGCCAGAGAGUCACGAUCGUCUGCAGAAUAUUGGCAUUCUGGAUGACUAUCAAGGCCCACACAAUAUGACUGCACGCGCCACAAUUCACCCAGAAGUCGCCUAUGCCAUCUCCGGCAGUCGCAUGUACUCCUUCUCGCCAGAUCCCAUCAAGAACAAGUCGCCGCUGAGCAUUGAGAACACAAGACACCUGCUCUCGUGCUUCCUGUGGAUCCUGAAGAAUCUCGAGCGCGAUGUGCUGUUCAUCUGGACACUGGGAUUGGCGCCACAUCGACUGCAUCAAGUGCUGCAAGUUCUCAACACAUGUGUUCCCUGCUUUGAGUACAAAGGUCACAGGCGACAGCCGGUGAAGAGGAACACACAGAGCUUCCGGAAGACGCCAGACAUCAAGGAGAGACUUGAGGAGUGCAUCAGAGGAACGGGUUCAGCACGAAAUGACUUUAUGAAUAGACGAAAGGAUCGCAAUUCCACGGAGAUCUUUCGCUGGCGCAAGGAUCAAAUGCCCUACAGAUCCCAAUUCUACGACGUCAGCACGAAGACUGAGUGCGAAAUGGAGGUGCACUACUCAAUUGAGGGCUCUCUGGCGACAGAAGUGGUGCUGGUGGUGCUGGACACGCUGGAAUUGAUUGUCCAAGUGGCGACAUCAUCAGAGAUUCAUCACAAUUUGUUAGGUGUUGUGCUGAAAGUUCUCCUGCACGCUCUGUCGCGGAAUCAGAGCACUUUGGCACUGCAGAAUCUCUUUGCCUCACAGAGAUCACUCAUCUUCAAAUUCCACAAUUUGCUCUUUGACGAGGAGACGGACAGUUGUGCUGAUCUCUGUCUGCUGUUGCUGAAGCAUUGUGGUUCGCAGUUGCCGAAUGUUCGCUCACAAGCCGCGGCGUCACUUUAUCUUCUGAUGAGACAGAAUUUUGAAAUAGGAAAUAAUUUCGCUCGUGUGAAGAUGCAAGUGACAAUGUCACUGAGUUCUCUGGUGGGAACCAGUUCGGCUUUCAGUGAACAAUCACUGAGGAGGGCAUUGAAGACCAUUCUUGUGUAUGCAGAAACUGAUGCGGAAUUGCAGGAGACUUCAUUCCCUGAACAAGUGCAAGAUUUACUCUUCAAUCUCCACAUGAUCCUCUCAGACACCGUGAAAAUGAAGGAAUAUCAGGAGGAUCCUGAGAUGUUGCUGGAUUUGAUGCAUCGCAUUGCCAAAGGGUAUCAAAAUUCACCGGAUUUGCGAUUGACGUGGUUGGAGAAUAUGGCAAAGAAGCACAUGGAGAGGGCAAAUCACACAGAAGCUGCCAUGUGUUAUGUCCACAGUGCUGCCCUCGUGGCUGAGUAUCUCAGCAUGUUGGAGAGUCAGAAGCAUUUGCCAGUUGGCGCUGUGUCUUUCAAGCACAUCUCGCCAAACACACUGAUGGAAUCCGCUGUGUCGGAUGAUGUGCUGAAUCCGGGUGAGGAUGGUAUUUGUCUGGGCAAUAGAUUCACCGAGAGUGGCUUGAAGGCACUGCUUGAGGAGGCGGCAAAUUCAUUUCAAAUCGCUGGAAUGUACGAGGCAAUGAAUGAUGUCUACAAAGUGUUGAUUCCAAUCUGUGAGAACAAUUGUGACUUCCAGAAGUUGGGCAAAAUCCACGGGAAACUCCAGGAGGCAUUCAAUCGCAUUGCCCAAUUGCAUGGCAAGAGAGUGUUCGGGACGUACUUCCGGGUGGGAUUCUAUGGGGCGAAAUUUGGUGAUUUGGAUCAACAGGAGUUUAUCUACAAAGAGCCAACUUUAACUAAAUUGCCAGAGAUUUUCAGUCGUCUGCAGAAUUUCUACUCUGAUCGCUUUGGUCCGGAUUGUGUGGAGAUUAUCAAGGAUUCAAACAAUGUGGAUGUUAAUAUGCUGGAUCCGGAGAAGGCAUACAUUCAGAUAACAUAUGUGGAGCCUUAUUUUGAAACUUACGAGCUUCGUCAUCGUGAGACACACUUUGAGAGGAACUUCAACAUCAAGAGGUUCAUCUUUGCCACGCCUUUCACAAAGACAGGGAAAGCUCAUGGAGAUCUGCAUGAGCAGUGCAAGAGGAAGACAAUUCUCUCCACAGCCAAUCACUUUCCGUACGUGAAGACGCGCAUUCAGGUGGUGAGCAGGGCGCAAAUUGUGCUGGAGCCCAUUGAAGUGGCCAUUGAGGAUAUACAGAAGAAGACGGUGGAACUUGCAGCGGCGACAAAUCAAGAGCCUGCGGAUCCCAAGAUUCUGCAGAUGGUGCUGCAGGGAUGCAUUGGGACGACAGUGAAUCAGGGCCCGAUGGAGAUGGCGCUUGUCUUCCUCUCGGGACUGUCAGAUGGUUCGACAGUGCCGUCGAGGCAUCAGAACAAGCUCAGGCUGUGCUUCAAGGACUUCUCCAAGAAGUGCCACGACGCCCUCAAGAAGAACAAGAAUCUCAUUCUGCCCGAUCAGAAGGACUACCAGAAAGAGCUGGAGAGGAAUUAUCAGAGAUUCACUGAGCGAUUGGCGCCACUGAUUACAAUCAGUCCAACUCAAGCGGCUGCUGUUAUCAAUUCGGGAAAUUCUGGCAAAUCAACGCCUCUGAGAUGGUAAAUUUCUCAUUUCACCGUUCAACGAUCUGGAUUUAGAGAGCAAUAUUCGUAGAUUUACUCCAU